AUGGCAGAAUAUGAAGCAUGUAUCUACGGUUUAGAGGCGACAAUCGACUUGAGAAUCAAGAUUCUUGAGGUAUUCGGUGAUUCAGCUCUGGUAAUCAGUCAGGUGAAAGGCGAUUGGGAGACUCGGGAUAGCAAGUUGAUACCUUAUAAAGAGAAUAUCAGAAAACUGAUACCCUAUUUUGAUGAAAUCUCUUUCCACCAUAUUUCUAGGGAAGAAAAUCAGUUAGUAGACGCUCUAGCCACGUUGGCAUCUAUGUUCAAAGUCAAAUGGAAUAAUGAAGCACCGUCCAUCCAGAUUGACCACUUAGAUGAACCAGCAUAUUGUCUAGCAAUCGAGGUUGAUCCUAAUGAUAAGCCUUGGUUCUAUGAUAUAAAAACAUUUCUGGAGAAACAGCAAUAUCCCGAGGGUAUAUCCAUUACCGAUAAGAAGGCUCUGAGAAGACUAUCUUCCAAGUUCUUCCUAAACGGUGAUGUGAUAUACAAGAGGAAUUAUGAUUCCAACCUCGGUCCGCACAUCCACUGGGCAACUCCAUAUUCUCUAGUUUAUGGAAUGAAGGUUAUCCUACCGAUUGAAGUCGAGAUUCCUUCACUUAGGUUCAUCAUGGAAGCUAAUCUUGAUGAAGCUGAAUGCGUUUAA